AGUAGAGCGGACGUAUGAGAAUCGCGCUCCGCAGAUUUCGAGUACCGGGUUCUCUACUUUCUGGAUCCUGCGCUCUAGAGCCCCCACCUGGUGGAUCUCGACCUCCAGGACAAGCGCUCCGUAGUUUCUGCGCUCAAGGACCACUACCUGGUGAAAUUUAACUUCCAGGACAAGCGCUUCGUGGUUCCUGCGGAGCAAGUACGCUACCUGGUGCAACUCAAGUUCCAGGACAAGGGCUCCGUAGUUUCUAUGCUCCGGGUCCGCUACCUGGUAAAACUCGACUUCAAGGACAAGCGCUCCGUAGUUCUGGUUGACCUGGUGACUUUUGACAUUCAGGACUAAUUUUUCGUAAUUCUGGCUGUCCAGGUCCUCCACCCGGUGGAUCUUGACAUCCAGGAAAAGCGCUCCGCAGUUCUGGCUGUCCAGGUUCUUGACCUGGUGACUUUUGACCAAGCGCUGCGUAGUUUCUGAGCUCCAGGUCCACUUCUUGGUGAAACUUGACUUCCAGAACAAGCGCUCCGUAGUUCUGGCUGUCCAGGUCCUUCACCUGGUGACUUUUGACUUUCAGGACAAAUUUUCAAGUGUACAAGUUUGAUUAUUGAAAACGUCAUGUCUUGUACCAUCAAACCAAUAUUCAUGCUUCAGAUAACAUUUUGAAUCCGAAAAAAAAACCGAACGACCAAGAUCAACAAAUUACAAUCGCAUCUUUGGCAAUGUUGCUCCGGUGGAAAGAAAAUCUCAAUGUAUUCAACGUGUUUACCGUUGCUUUGGUUAUGCGGACAGAAAUUGUCACAGGUUUCAUCGAUUACAGUGAAAUACGGCGCAAUGAACAUCCGAUCGUAUUGGACCCACACCUGGCAAGGACAACUCGUCAAUUGUUGGAAAAGUACGAUAGCUGGGCGGUUUAUAGGACAUCGUACACACUGCAACAGGCAACAGAACACUUUCUCCACUACGGAGCCUUCCUACGUAACCAGAUCCUCGAUACCUUCGGGGCACUCGUCUACGACCAUUACGACGAUUUUAGCACGAGUCAACUCGAAGCUCUUUACAGAGUUUACCGGGACACGCUCAAGAGGAAGUACAAUAUUUUUGACAUAGUACCGAGCGUUCUUGCGCAGUCGGACAUUCGGCCGUCAAGCAUAUGUCGGCACAUCAACAAGAACGUUCGCACAUGCUUGAGGGAAAGCUCACUGCGGUGUGCAACGAUGAAACAGCACGACAAGUCACAUCCGCACACGAUCUUGACCCGAGUUUUCAACAUAACGCGAUACAUGUUCAAAACUGCUGGGUUGAAGCAACAGUUUCCAGAAGGAUUUUCCCUGCCAGCUAUUUUGGAACGCCUAAAAUCGGGGCAUCUCUCAUUGACGGCUGGAAUGGUGUCUGGGCUCCUGCAGAGCGUUCAGUACGAUAGUUUCAACGAUGAAGUUCGUGCGGCGGAAAAAAAUGUCAUGCAGCUACUGAUGUCCGAAAAAUUGGACAGUGGUCGUAAGCAAAGUCUUAUGCCGAGAGAUCAGCUGCGACAGGUUUUGACAGUGAACGAACUGCUUAAGAAUAUUUUUGAAGGUCGGAAAUCCAUGUACGAUAGAAAUGAGAACAAGAACUUUGACGUACUGUCGCAGCACGUCAUCAGCGAGGUCGAGGCCAUCAGUCCUAACAUUGAAAUUCUUGGUGCGGUUUACGUUAAUAACACAAUCCAGAUGAAGUAUCUUUUCGAUUUGGUUCUACCGCCAGAUGUUGUUGACAGGGAUAUCAGUGACGCGAAAAAUUACCUUUUGAACAAGAUGCAGGAUUUUGACGUGGUGCGAAAAUAUUUGAAGGUUGAAAAAUAUCAGCAGAGUGGCCCUGAUCAGUUGUUAAUGGAAAUACUGAGGCAGAUGAGAGACAUCAACUUUGCCCCUGAUAUAGUGACGGCUCUUCACACUCACGCUCGCUUCUGGCACCAGAGUCGUAUGAUAAACAACCUGAACGACUUGCUCGAUCUUUUCGAUGCCUACGAGAACCUUCGCAACGUUCCAAAUUUCUCAAACCUAGUCUCGUUGAUGGAUGAUAUUCGGGGAAGUUUGAUAAAUUCGAAGGUCGUGGCGAUAGAACUGUUGUGCAGUAACCCUAGAUCGUGUUUGCAGCGCGGCUUGAAGAUUAUCGCACAGUGCACGCUAGUGAAUUCAAAGACCAAAUCUCUCCUUGUUAGAUUGUUCCAUAAUUUGAAUCAGGAUGGGUCAAUUGAUAUUGACAAGUGUAAGCGAUCGACGAAUCAGCUAAUUACGGAAGUGUUGAAGCCUUCGUUACAGGCAAGAUCGGAAAAGACUGGUGAAGUUACAAGCGAGCUGACAAUUCAGAAUGAUUCCAAUAAUAUGGAGUUGUCUGGUGCAAAAAAUAAAAAUACCGCAGACCAUGAAACGGCAACUGAAAUGAUCACCGUAGAAAAUUUUGUGGAAAAGCAGCUAGAGGUCAAGCUGCGGGCAAGUGAGGAACCAACAACAAUAACGACAACCAACACAAAUUCCUUGGAAGAAGACGAUUCCGAUAAAGCCUAUAAUAGAUUUUUUGGCCACUGUUUAGGCAUGGAAUGCUCUGACUACUUCAGUUUUGAUUCAAGCUACCUCGAUUAUUUUAGUGGUGAUUGGCUUGAAAGCUCGAGUUCCGAAGAGGAGCAGCACCACCACGAGCACAAGUGUAUUGGAAAAAACUGCCCGCCAUCGUGGAUGCCCAAUAAACCGCAACAUUGUGCAAACGGCAAUUGUGGAAUACCAUCCGUACCUGAGCAUCCGAUCGAAUGCAUCGGUUCUGACUGCAAUGACCUUAUUCCUCCCAGUGUCAGUUAUCCCGAAUGUAUUGGCAAUCGUUGUGAUAAUAAACAGGAGUGCAUUGGGAAAAAUUGCCCACCAUCUUGGAUGCCCAAUAAACCGCAACAUUGUGCAAACGGCAAUUGUGGAAUACCAUCCGUACCUGAGCAUCCGAUCGAAUGCAUCGGUUCUGACUGCAAUGACCUUAUUCCUCCCAGUGUCAGUUAUCCCGAAUGUAUUGGCAAUCGUUGUGAUAAUAAACAGGAGUGCAUUGGGAAAAAUUGCCCACCAUCUUGGAUGCCCAAUAAACCGCAACAUUGUGCAAACGGCAAUUGUGGAAUACCAUCCGUACCUGAGCAUCCGAUCGAAUGCAUCGGUUCUGACUGCAAUGACCUUAUUCCUCCCAGUGUCAGUUAUCCCGAAUGUAUUGGCAAUCGUUGUGAUGAUAAACAGGAGUGCAUUGGGAAAAAUUGCCCGCCAUCUUGGAUGCCCAAUAAACCGCAACAUUGUGCAAACGGCAAUUGUGGAAUACCAUCCGUACCUGAGCAUUCGAUCGAAUGCAUCGGUUCUGACUGCAAUGACUUUAUUCCUCCCAGUGUCAGUUAUCCCGAAUGUAUUGGCAAUCGUUGUGAUGAUAAACAGGAGUGCAUUGGGAAAAAUUGCCCGCCAUCUUGGAUGCCCAAUAAACCGCAACAUUGUGCAAACGGCAAUUGUGGAAUACCAUCCGUACCUGAGCAUCCGAUCGAAUGCAUCGGUUCUGACUGCAAUUACUUUCCUCCUACAGGUCCCAGUCCUUCCGAAUGUAUAUUUCCCAAUUGUAAUAAGCCUCCUCUGAGCAACAAUUUAGUUUGCAGUGGGAAUAAAUGUAAGCCCAGUGGUGAGGUCAACCCUUGGACACUAGAUGAAAGUAAACUUACCAUGACAGUUCUACCCUACAAUCAGUGCAAGUUCAGAGAUCCCCAAUACCAGAGAAGGCUUGACCGACUGAAAAAGAUUCGUAUCUUAGAUUCCUUUUAUGCAACGGAAUCGGUUCCUACCGACGCCGCUGCCAGUUUUUACGAAAAUUAUUCGGACGAGUCGCAUGGCCAAUCCGCACCACCGACAAAACAUUGGCAAUCAUCGUAUCUGGUUCGCUCAACUCAGCGAAAACCCCCACAAAAUGAACUUUUGACGCACCAUAAACGUCCAUGGCCUUUUACGUUCUAUCCAUUCGCUUCGCACUCUGGUCAGGUACUGAAAAUCAAAAAACCCGUUACAUUCAACGAUUCAUACACUGACUCUAAUAUGGGAUCGGGAAUUAAGUCCGGCAUCAGUGCAAUAAAGAAUCACACAAAUAAGCGCAGAAAAAUGAAUGUGAAUGUGAAUGUGAAUGUAAACCGCGAUAGCAAAAAUCGACAGAAGAGAUUGCGGCGGCACUUUAUAAGUGGUUCCAGAGGUGUUGUUACGAGUCAAACGCUUGGUUCGGAGGUGAAACCACUGAGGAACGCGGAUUAUCGGAGUUCAGCAGUCGAUGUUCGAGUUGGGGAGCAUUCAGGUCUGUCGAAUCCUUCGACGAUGUAUUCGGAUAUUAAGAAGAAGCAAGCGAAUAACCAGAUGAGAACGAACCAUGUUCCUCAUCAGACCCGGUCCGAUGGCAAGAUCGAUGUCGUCAGGAAACGUAGAUCCAUCAUUACGGCACCACGGAGAACGAACCAUCGCUCUGGAAGUCUUUGAUCAUAUGAUCAUGUCACGUCCAACAUUGAACACCGGAUGAAUCAUGGAAACCAGGAUGGACGAGUUUCAAUCUGAGAAGAAGAAUCGUACGAUGACAACAGUUGGCAGCCUAUUAUAGCAGUAUAACUAGUUCACAAGCUUGCCGAUAUUGUACACGCAGAAUGGAAAUUUAGAAAAACCUUGCCUAAUUACAUUCGUUCUAUUCAAGUAUAAAAAUUGAAACUAAAACAAGGAAAGGAAACCAUAAAAAAGAAAAAAAAAGGAAACAAAUCUUCAGACAAGUGACCUGGCUAUAUGUUUCACUGAUAUUAUUUAUAAUCAGUAUUUGAGAUGAUUACUCAACUUGAACUGAAUUUGUAAUAGCUUCCGGAACGGGAGCGGAAGCUCAGAGGUUAAUUGCCAUCGUUAACUGCGAUGAUGUAUCUGUCCUUUAUCGGUCCGACGAAAUUCAAUUAGUUCGAGAUAGUUGUGAAAGUCGUAAUAGCGCGUGUAGCGUCGCCGUUGAAGAACAAGGUUCUAUAAAUGUAAGAUAAGAGCCGCGUUGAGAUGAGAUUAAAAACUCCGAAUACG